AUGGCCAGCCUUUCAUCAGACAGAUCAGAGAAGUACCAGCCCGCUGCGGCGGGCUUCGGGGUCGCCAAUGGGCCACGUCGCCAGGAUGUCAUCCUCGAUGAGGCUGGAGACGUGUAUGAGACCAGCGAGGAGCGCAAGACUAUUGGCCUAACCAGCGCUACGUUCCUAAUAUUCAAUCGAAUGAUCGGAACCGGCAUAUUUGCGACACCUUCAGCCAUCUUCGCGUUGUCUGGCAGUGUGGGACUCACACUGUUCAUCUGGGUUGCGGGAAUGAUCAUUGCUGCCGCAGGAAUGGCCGUCUAUAUGGAAUUCGGCACCGGCAUCCCCCGCAACGGUGGCGAGAAGAAUUACCUCGAGUUCGUUUACCGUCAUCCACGCUUCCUGAUCACAGGCUUCUACACCGGCUACGUGAUCCUCCUCGGCUGGGCGGGCUCCAACUCAGUGGUCUUCGGCGAGUACAUUCUCCACGCCGCGCAGGUCGAAGUCAACCGCUGGAACCAACGAGGCGUCGGCAUCGCCUGCCUGACCGCCGCUUUCCUCAUCCACGGCACUGCACUGAAAUGGGGUCUCCGCCUGCAGAACCUCCUCGGCUGCAUCAAGCUCGCGAUCCUUCUCAUCAUAAUCAUCGCUGGCUUCGUCGCACUAGGCGGUCACGUCCCCUAUGCGGCAACCAAGCCCAACAACUUCAGCGGCAACACCUUCGCCGGCACAACAGGCUCAGCCUACGGCGUCGUCACCGCCCUCUACAACGUCAUUUGGAGCUACAUUGGGUACUCGAACGCCAACUACGCCCUCUCGGAGACCAAGAACCCCGUCCGAACGCUCAAGAUCGCCGCCCCCAUGGCCCUCACCAUCGUCGCAGUCCUCUACAUGCUCGCCAACAUCGCCUACUUCGCCGCCGUCCCGCGCGACGAGAUCCUCUCCAGCGGCCGCAUCCUCGCCGCUUCAUUCUUCCGCAACAUGAUGGGCGAGUCCGCCGAGCGCGCCCUUUCCGUCUUCGUCGCUCUCUCCGCUUUCGGCAACGUCCUCUCCGUCAUCUUCAGCCAGGGCCGUCUAGUCCAAGAACUCGGCCGGGAAGGCAUUCUCCCCUUUUCCCGCUUCUGGGCGUCCAACAAACCCUUCAACGCACCCCUAGCGGGUCUCUUCGAGCACUGGCUCGUCAGCAUGAUCAUCAUGCUCGCCCCACCACCUGGGGAUGCAUACAACUUCAUCCUCAACGUUAUCAGCUAUCCCCUCAGCGUCGUCAAUGUCUUUGUCUCCGCGGGACUGAUCUGGCUGUACUUCCACAAGGACCACUACCAAUGGAGCCCACCUUUCAAAGCCAGCUUGCCGGUCGCGGUGUUCUUUUUGUUGAGCAAUGUGUAUCUCGUGGUGGCGCCAUUCGUGCCGCCGACGGAUGGGCAGAGUGUGUAUAAUGACCUGUGGUAUGCUCUGCAUUGUGUCGUGGGGAUUGGGAUUAUUGCGGCGGGCGGGGUUUACUGGGUUGUGUGGGCGGUGGUGUUGCCGAAGUUGGGCGGGUAUAGGUUGGAGAGGCAGGUGGUGACUAGUCAGGAUGGGUGGACGAGGAAUGUUUUUGUGCAUGUGGCGAGGGAGGUGGGUGGGAAGGAAUAG